GCGAAGAUAUGGAAUGAUGCAAGUCAAUUGCCUAACGUGGGUCCCCCCUUGUAAUGCCACACCCUUUCGUCAUCUCUCCAUUUUCAGAGAGAGAAACUCUCCACAGAUUUUAAUCAUUAUGUUAUCAUUCCUUUCUUUGUUUGCGCUUCGUACAUCCCUCGCGUGCUCUUCAACAGUGCUUCUUUCCUCUUCCUCCUCCCCUUUCUCACCCCCACGCCCCGCUCCUCCCGCGUCUCCCCCACGCCCCUGCCAUUCCCUCAACUGUCAAUCAUUUGACUGUCAAUUUUAAUCCAUAUUCUAAGCAUCCCUGCUAAUUUGUUUAACUACCAAACGAAUUUUGUCAAUUUCCUGCUUUCUUUCCCGUCAACAGAUAAUGUCAUGUACUUGUAAUCUUCAGUUUUUGUUCAAAACAACGUAAUCGAAACGUAUCCGUGAGAUCCACGUGGUCUAUAAUGGCGUCGCCAUUCUCACUAGUCUUGCGUACUCCUUUCUGCUCUGCUCGACACUAUUACUGCACAUAAAUUUCCUCUGUCACAGUGUCUAUGCACAUACAUAGAAAUAAAACAAGCACGCAAGACUCGUCCCAAUUUAAGAGCCAGACCUUACCGCAUCCACCUUUAAUUUUCUUUUCAAAGCGCGAGCGCGCGCACAGGCACAGAGAUUGCAGUAUGUUUGCCGAAGAGAAUGGUCUUAAGGGAGACCCAAGGCUGCAAGCCAUAUCUCAGGCCAUUAGAGUGGUGCCUCACUUCCCCAAACAAGGAAUAAUGUUUCAAGACAUUACGACAUUGUUGUUGGAUCACAAGGCCUUCAAAGACACGGUCGACAUUUUUGUCGAUCGUUACAGGGACAUGCACAUUUCCGUUGUUGCCGGAGUGGAAGCAAGAGGAUUCAUGUUUGGUCCACCGAUUGCGCUGGGCAUUGGCGCAAAGUUUGUUCCUUUACGCAAACCUCGAAAACUUCCCGGUGAGGUGAUCUCAGAGAAAUACGAGCUAGAAUAUGGAACUGAUUGCCUGGAGUUGCAUGUUGGGGCUGUCCAGCCUGGUGAACGGACCUUAAUUAUUGAUGAUAUGGUGGCCACCGGUGGAACUCUCUCAGCCGCAAUAAUGCUUCUGGAACGUGCUGGUGCUGAAGUGGUUGAGUGUGCUUGUGUCAUUGGUGUGCCUGAGGUGAAGGGACAUUGCAGGCUUAAUGGGAAACCAUUAUAUGUGCUUGUGGAGCCACGUGAAAUAGAUGAUUGUUUGAGAUGUGAUUGCAGUUCUGUUUCUGCUGACGUAAAAAAGGAUGAGUGUUUGAGGAGAAAGGUGAUGAUGUGCUCCUCCUACCAGUUCUCACCUGAAUGGACUGCCAAUUGAAAAUUGUAUCGCUGUGCUUCUCAGUUUUCUUUCUUGUUAGUUAUAAUUCUCAUGCAUCCACCAUCUUACAACCAUUAAUCCAGCGUUGAAUUUUUUCUCCAA